UGGCUUGUGACCCCCUUCCAGAGGUCAUGCAUAAAAAAGUGAAAACACCCUGUGAAAUGACUUCAUUAAGCAAUAAAACUAGGACGAACCGAGUUUUCUUGUGUAGUGAAAAGGAAAAUCGGUUUCCCGCCUUGCAUUGUGGACCGCUGUCCGCUGGUAUACACAAUAUAUAUCUGUAUAGUAUGUAUUCCUCAUAGUUCACUCCUUUUACAUCUGUGAUCCUGGGAUGUUUUGACAGAAAUGCUUUUUUUGAUUUCCAGAGUUAUAUCUUUAAAAUAAAUCAGGUUAAGUUCAAAUGGAUGACUUCUUAGCUUUUUGCAACAAGACUGCUGGUCGAGACAAAUUAUAUAGAGUCACGCAAUAUGGAAGCAAAUUUCUUGUAUGGUAUCUACUGAGAAAUGGCAUUAAGGAAAAUGCAGUCAACAUGCUCAUAGAGCUGGAAAAAUUAAUGAGCACGUCCAGAAAAUUAUUUAGAUUUGGGAAAAGUGUGGACAGUCUCAGAGCAGCCCAGAGAGCAAUAAAUUUGCAAAACUAUGUUCUGAGUCUCACACUAACUACCUCUCAUACAAAUAAAGCAGCCUACCUUCUCAUUGACCACUAUAUAUGGAUGGGGAAAGUUGGCUUGGUACACGCAGAUCUGAAGAAGUGGACAGAGAGCGCGAACAAGUUUUGGUUGGCAUCUUUGAUGAUGGCUUUUGCAAGGGAUCUCUAUUCGUUGUAUAUCAAUAUGCAACUAUCGGCUAGAGAUGCAAAAAGACGCGAAGAAUCCAUCUCAGUCCAGACCUACUUCUCCAAUUUUGUGAAGCAGAAUCAACAAGCAAUAAUUGACCUUUUGAAAAAUGGAUUCGAUAUAGUUAUCCCCGCAAACAGUCUGGGAUACACUAAUUUCAAUAAUGGGGUCGUUGGGUUAUGUGGCGUGUUGUCCUCUCUAUUAGCUGCAGUACAAAUAGCGAAACCCUCCAUGAAAUUAACGCCGAACUGACAAAGCACAUGCUUGUUAUUAUCUAUCUACCCCUACUAAUUCUUACUUAUACAUACAUACUAUGCAAUUAUUUUCAAUGAAGCGUUAAUUUUGUAUGAUUGAUCUGAUAUCAAAAUAAAGCAUUAUAUAACGAAUGCUAAUAUAAUUU